AUGCCGGCCGGGUUUCAGCAACUGGGAGCGAAGACAGUGACUGGAACCCUUGCUCUUUCUGUUUUCACCGCGGUACUGGGAUCACUGGAGUUUGGAUACAACAUUGGCGUCAUCAAUGCACCUCAGAAGAUCAUUGAGGAUGACUAUAAUACCACAUGGGUGCACCGAUAUGGAGAGUACAUCCCCCCAGGGACGCUUACCUCCCUCUGGUCCCUCUCCGUGGCCAUAUUCUCCAUUGGAGGCAUGUUAUCCUCGUUCUGUGUGGGUUUCGUUUCCGAGUUUCUGGGGAGGAGGAAAGCCAUGCUCAUAAACAACGUGUUUGCCUUCAUCGGUGGAAGUCUGAUGGGGUUGUCGAAGCUCUGUCACUCGUUCGAGAUGAUGAUCCUCGGACGCUUCAUUGUGGGUGCCUACUGUGGGUUGGCAUCAGGCUUGACGCCAUUGUACGUGGGUGAGAUAUCACCCACCAGUCUGCGAGGUGCACUGGGGACGCUACAUCAACUGGCAAUCGUCAUCGGCAUUCUCAUAGCACAGGUCCUUGGUUUGGAAUCUUUGCUGGGUAGCAAGGACUUGUGGCCAGUCCUUAUGGGGGUAACCAUUGUGCCAGCUGUUCUUCAGAUGGCACUUCUGCCCUUCUGCCCCGAGAGUCCUCGAUUCCUGUACAUUGUCCGCUGCCAGGAGCAAAAGGCCAAGAUCGGCCUAAGGAGGCUCACUGGCAGGCAAGAGGUGGGAGACAUGCUGACAGAGAUGAAGGAGGAGAAGAGGAGGAUGGAUAUGGAGAGGAAAGUGUCCAUCAUGGAGCUUUUCCGCUCACCCUUCUAUCGCCAGCCCAUUAUCAUUUCCAUCCUGCUCCAGCUUUCCCAACAGCUGUCCGGGAUCAACACAAUAUUCUACUACUCCACAAGUAUCUUCAUGAAGGCCGGAGUCCAGAGUCCAGUCUAUGCCACCAUAGGAGCCGGCGUUGUAAACUGUGCCUUCACUGUUGUAUCGCUCUUCCUCGUAGAGAGGAUGGGUCGGCGGACACUCCACAUGCUGGGACUGGAGGAAUGUGCGUCGUGCCAUCAUUAUGACUAUAGCUGUGCCUUAUUGGACAGUGUGCCUUGGAUGAGCUACAUCAGCAUGCUGGCCAUCUUUGGUUUUGUAGCGUUCUUUGGGGGCCCUGGCCCCAUCCCCUGGGUCUUCGUUGCUGAGCUUUUCUCUCCAGGGUCAAGGCCAGCUGCCAUGGCUGUGGCUGGUUGCUCAACGGACUGCCACUUCCUAAUUGGCAUGUGCUUCCAGUAUAUUGCUAACCUUUUUGGGCCGUACGUCUUCUUGAUCUUCGCAGCCUUCCUCCUCUUCUUCCUCAUCUACACAUUCUUCCGGGUUCCAGAGACACAAGGGAAGACUUUUGACCAAAUUGCAGUAAACUUCCACUAUCGUUCACCAGGACAAAUGAUGGACAUGGACAAACCCAGCACAGAACUGGACUACUUAGGAGAAGAAUGCGUCAACUGA